CAAUAUUUAUAUGUUAGUCAACUGAUCACGCCGGAAGACAGCUACACUCAAUAGCAUAACCGAUUAUUGUGAUACGACAAAGAAUAUUUCAAAAAGAUUUAAAAUUAAUAGAAACUUUUUCAAAAAUGGAGAAACUUAGAUAUCUUUUGUUUUUUGUGGUUCUAAGUUUGUGUACAUGUGACGCUUACAAGAUCUUGGUCGUGUUUUCGAACCCGAAUCCCAGUCAUGGCAUACUUGGAGACAAUAUGGUCAAACAUCUUCUUAGUGCUGGGCACGAAGUAACAUACAUAACACCGUACAUAGAAACACUAAAGAAUAAGACAAAAGCACAUUUAGUGGACGUUGGUAACACCCAUAAAAUAUUAGAAGUGGCAAAAGACAUAAUGGACUUGAAGCAGAUUCUAGAAGGGGCAGUAGAAUCGCCGGACUUUAAACUCAUGUUCGAACUUGUAUCCACAAUCGGUGAUAUGACUCUUAGCAACCCGAAUGUUCAAAAACUUUUGAGAGACCCAAAACAGAAGUUUGACGUCAUUAUUGCUGAAUUCAUGUUCAACGAAUUGUUUUCCAC